CCUCGUGGGCUUUAUACUGCUCCUUUGAAUAUCCCGUACAUCUGCCCUCUUGGCACCUUUUUUCUUUCAGGACGAUAUUCACCAUGCGGUCGUACUUCCUCGCUGCUGCGCUUCCUGCGCUCACCGCUGCCCACGGCCACGUCGCUGCCGUUCAGGCUGAUGGCGUCUGGUACCAGGGUUGGAACGCGGCGCUGAAAUACCAGAAUCCCAUUCCUGCAACUGUUGGCUGGCAGGCCGAUAAUCUCGACAACGGCUUCGUGAGCCCGGAUGCGUUCCAGUCGGCGGACAUCGUGUGCCACAAGGCCUCGAAGAGCAAUGGCGCGUAUGUGAGCGUGAAGCCCGGGAGCAAGGUGACCUUUUACUGGGACACAUGGCCGGUGUCUCACAAGGGCCCCGUCUUCGACUACAUAGCGCCCUGCAACGGCGACUGCGGCGCCAUCGACAAGGCCUCCCUAAAAUUCAUCAAGCUCGACCAAGGCGCCUGGAUCUCCGGCAACGACCCGGGCACCUGGGUAACCGACGACCUGGUCAAGAACAACUUCUCCUGGUCGACCACGAUCCCGUCCACCCUCGCGGCGGGCAACUACGUCAUCCGGCACGAGAUCAUCGCCCUGCAUGCCGCAGGCCAGGCGAACGGCGCGCAGGCCUACCCGCAGUGCGUGAACUUCAAGGUCUCCGGCGGCUCGGGGACGGCGACGCUGGCGAGUGAGGGUGUGCCUGCGACCAGCUUCUAUAAGGCGAGCGAUCCGGGGAUCACGUUUAAUUUGUAUAGCAAGUUUACCGGGUAUACGAUUCCGGGGCCGGCGGUUACGAAGAUGGCGAGGAGGGCCGUGGAGGGGUUUAGGGGGCAUGCUAGGGCGUGGGGGAUGUAG